AUUAGAUUUAUUUUUGUAGACCGCAUAAAAAUAUCGUUAAUUUAUUAAAUUAAUGCAUAAAAACUUUCAAAUUGAUAAUUCACAUUUUUGCAAUCGGUGCUAAAGAAGAUAACCUUUCGGAGAAAAGUUUUAUUAAUUAAUUGAUUGGAAUUAUAAGCCACUAAAUUUUUAUCGACAACAAAUCUAACGCUUUCUUUACUAAAUAGCUCAAUUAUCGCCCACACGUGUUUACGCUGGAGAUGGAUACUAUCUCGAAAUUAAAGAAUUUGUCUUUAUCUAGUAAGGUUUCUGUUUCUUUGGAAGUUCCAGAUGAAGAUUAUGUUCUACAUAUAGACUCUCAACCAGUUAAAGAGUAUGGGGCGAGCGCCAAAGUAGCCGCAAGUAGUUCCAAUAAGACGGUCUGCGUUUAUAGAAGAAAUGAUUUAAUCUUACAAAAAUCGUACGGAAACUUCGAUAAAGUCAUAGUCGAUGUAAAGUUUAUAAAAAACGAUUGGAAUUUAUUAUACGCAGCCUCAAAAGAUGGAAGGAUAAGAGGAUUCGAUCUGAGAUGCAAGGAAGAUGCAGUCGUUUCUUUUGACAGUGAUGAAAUAAAUCAGCUCAUCACUUGUUUUGACAUUGACUGCUCUGGUAGGCUUAUUUGCGCUGGAACUGAUAAAUUGAAUGAUCCUGAUGAAGAGGAUACAGUCCACUUGAUAUUUUGGGACGCGAGAAAACCGCAAAUUUUGGGAGCCUAUUCCGAUGGUCAUGACGACGACAUUACGCAAGUAAAAUUUCAUCCGGAAAAUAAAGAUAUUCUAGCUUCCGGUUCGACGGACGGCCUUGUCAAUAUAUUUAACGUUUCCGAAGCAAGUGAAGAUGACGCUCUACAAAUGACUUUAAAUACCGAAUCUUCCGUUGCCGAGAUUGAUUGGACAGGGGAUAAAUCUGAUCGUCUGUAUUGUCUUACGCACACUGAAUCAUUAUUGGUAUGGGAAAGUAAUGAGUGGGAUUGUAUAAGAAAAAUUCAAGAUAUUAGAGAAGAAACAAAAAAAUAUUCAAUCAACUAUGCAAUAACUUUAGUGCAAGUUGACGGUCAUCAAACAUUGGUCGCUGGUACAGACAGAGGCAAUUUUCAUUUAUUUUCAUUGGAUGACGAUAAACUAGAUCACUUAACUGGAUUAGAAUUAGGCCAUUCCGAUAUAGUCCGAUGCGCAAAAUAUGAUUCUGAAGACCAAAGUCUCUUAACAGGAGGUGAAGAUUCUUUAUUGUGCCUUUGGGAUCAUUCUGUUAAGUCUGCGACAGAAACGACAAGAUCAAAGAAACUAAGGAAAUCAACAUCUGUAAAAACUAGACCAUAUUCUGGAAGACCGAGUAAAAGAUGAAGACAGGAUGAAGAGAGAAAGAGUCGUUAUUUCUUUGUUAAGAUACUUUCUUUUUACUAUUAUUUUGUUUUUGAUAAAAUUAUAAUAUUCAACAAGCAGAAGAAAGGAAAACUUAUCUUUCAUUAUAAAUUGAAUACAACUUCGCGAUUUGUCUAGGUUGCUUGAGCAGCAUCUUGAUCAUUGAUUGAUAUUUUUUAUUAUUAAAGAUUCGAACUUUGAUUAAUGAGGGAAUUUUAAAAAAGAGAUUAGAAAUACGUACGUGAUCGAAAUGAAGAGGAGGCGUCUUUCAUUAAUAAGACGCUACUUAAUUAUUUUUAAUUUGGUGAUAGGCAUGGAGCUUCGCAUCCUAACUCUAAGGCGUAAGUAAUGGGGUAAUUGGGCUAGGAAAAAUCUUUGAAUAAAUAAAACGUUUCAGUGAAUUUAAUAUUAUCAG